AUGAUGAUCUCUACCUUGUUAUUAUGUAUAUGCAACUUUAUCUUCUUUGCUAACUGCUCAGAAAUCGAUUUAAAAACCUACCAAAUAACUGGAAAUGUUAAUGUAUUUCAUGGAUAUUAUAGUAAAUCAGGAAAAUACAAAAUGCUCGUUGGUUAUGAAGAUCCUAUUGAAAAAGUCUAUUAUGGAUCGCAACUAGUUUAUCCUGACGAUCCUGAAGAUGAUAAAGGAACUAAAUGUUUUGUCGAGAUAUUUGAUGUGUAUCGAACCAUAAAUUAUAGAAUAUACAUUGUUAGUGAGAAUCCAGAAAUUUCAGAUAUUUAUAAGAGAAUUAAUUACGUGGAUGAUAAAGGAGUGUUAAUUAAAAUACCUAAAUUAAAAUUUACUAGAAGACAAGCAAGAAAAAUUUAUUUAAACAUAGACGUUAGUAAUGAUAAAAUUCACCCAUUUAUCGACAAGACCUUUGGCACAUCAGAUGGCAAUAAUACAAUAGAAUGUAAAACUAAAGAUCAUUAUCAUGGAUGGAGUUUUUCUGGAACUCAUACGGUCUCAUAUAAUUUCGGUAACGCAUAUGAUUCAACGACACCUAUAGUGGUUGGAUACAAAAUGUUUGAUGAGUUUAUGACAGAAUUCGGUGGAGUAACAUAUUAUUACAAAAAUAACAGAUUGGAGGGGUUAUCCUUUGAUAAAGGUGAUGUAAAACUCAACUAUAUUAAGGACUUUGAUGGUCCACAAACAUUGUGGAUUGCUAUUCCCAGUAGUUUAACUGAUUUGGUCGAUGAUAAAAAAAAAUUAGCCCAUUCGAUUAUGAACAAACCUGAACUUCAACCCUUGCCGGCUGGACUUUUAAUGGUAGAUGUUUCAGAAGAAAUCACUCCGAGUCUAUUUGGAAUUGAUAAGACAGUGGGAAAAAUGGGCAUUUGGCAUUAUACUUUGUACUCAGUAAACGAGAAAUACAAACAGAAUUUUAAGUUAGCAAGAAUAGUGGAUUCAAUGGCAACCAAUCCAGUGUUAUAUGCUUUAGGGGAUUAUGCUACUGAAAGCGUGGUAGAGAAAUAUAAAAGAAAUGGUUCUAUUUUACUAUUUAUCACUUCGACCAUCCCUGGGUCUGUGGGCAAUUUUAAGAGCGUAAGUUCGUUUAUUUGGAGAAAUCAGGGUGGAACAGAGGCCUGGAACCAGUUAACUUUAACUGAUAUAUCCUACUUUGUUAAAUCAUUGAACCGUAGUGGUCCAGUUCAAAUAGACGUGGCAAUACAUGACGAACCAACUUAUGUUUAUUCAAAGAGCAUUUCAGAAGAUCAAAAUGGCUUUUACAUAGAUUUAUCAAUCAAAGAACCUGAUGGUCUCGCAAUAGAGGAAAAUAAGUACUUGUUCCGGAGUAUUAAGGGUAAGCAAACGUACGAAAGGGGAAACAUGCCAACCGAUCCCUUCAAAAAAGCUGUAUAUUUUUUGUCAGAGUACAGUAAUAGUCGUAAUGUAGUGAUAACAAAUUCGACUGUCCCAAGGGCUGUGUAA